CUCUUUUUUUUUUUUUCAUCUUCUUUAUUGACAGAAAUAUUAAAUAUGGGUGAAUCAAGAACUGAACUUUUAGCUUGGUUAAACGAUCUUUUGCAAAUCAACUACAAUAAAGUGGAACAAGCCGGCACAGGUUCUGCUUAUUGUCAAAUCAUGGAUUCCAUCUAUGGUGAUGUCGCGAUGAACAAGGUCAAGUUUGAUACACGACAAGAAUAUGAAUUUGUAGGGAAUUAUAAGGUGCUUCAAAAUACAUUUGAUAAGCACAAAAUUGACAAGAUCAUCCCAGUAGAUAAGUUGAUGAAAUGUAGGUUCCAAGAUAAUCUUGAAUUUAUGCAAUGGGUGAAAAGAUUUUGGGAUCAAAACUUCCCUGGAGGUGCUUAUAAUGCAGUUGCUCGUCGUAAAGGUGGACCUAAUCUUGGUGGUGCUUCAAGGAAUACUGCUACUGCUGGACGUGGAUCAUCAGCUUCAAGAACUACUACUGGUACUCGUGGAUCAUCUGCUACUGUUGGUACUUCAGGACGUAGUGCUAGUCGUGCAGCUGCUUCAGGAAGAACUUCUGCUGGUGUUGAUAAUCGAUCGGCUUCUGUUAUCAUGGAAUUGAACAAGCAAAUUGCUGAACUCAAGUUAACUGUGGAUGGAUUGGAAAAAGAACGUGAUUUCUAUUUCAAUAAAUUGCGUGAAAUUGAAAUUCUGGUGCAAGAUCAAGUCGAUGCUGCUGAUGCUGAACAAGUGGAAGAUCAAGAAGUCGUGGUACUCAAGGAAAUUCAAACUAUUUUGUAUAGUACAGAGGAUGGAUUCGAAGUACCUCCUGAAAAUGAAUUGGAAGAACAUGAAAUUUAUGAUGAAGACGAAACUUUUUAAAUCCAACAAUACCAACUACAUUCCCUUUUGUUACCUUUAUUAUCUUUUAUCUUUAUUAUUAUUAUCUUUUUUACGAUUUUAGUUUUCUUCUUUUUUUUCAUAUAUAUAUUUAUCUUUUUGGAUUCCCCUCUUCUUGUUUCUCUUCUACAAAACUUGCUUUAACUCAAUCAUCAUUUUUACUUUAUGUGAUAUCAUUGGAUCCUUUGUUGACUUAGAUAAUGGUCUUUUUUUUAUACUUUU